AACAUUGAUCUGUUGGACCAUUAUAUUACCAAUUUGCACGAGCAUCUUCUUCGCUCCCUUCUCUCUCACAUCGCUUAACAGAUCAGUGCCAUUUUCAGCUUUGGAUCGAGUAAAAUCAUGGAUGAUGCUGCAGAGCUAAGGUAUUAUGAAGAUGAGGAUACACCAGGGAUGAAAACAUUUAAAGGUGCAACAACAGGUCUAGUUGCUGGUACUCUUUGGGGUACCAUUAUUGCCACUUGGCAUGAUGUACCCCGUGUUGAGAGAAGUGUUGCUCUUCCUGGUUUGAUUCGGACAUUGAAAAUGAUGGGAAACCACGGGGCUACCUUUGCUGCUAUUGGUGGAGUCUAUAUAGGGGUAGAACAGCUGGUGCAGAACUAUAGGAUGAAAAGGGAUUUUGUUAAUGGAGCAGUUGGUGGAUUCGUUGCUGGUGCUUCUGUGCUGGGUUACAAAGGAAGGAGUAUUUCAACAGCUAUCUCUGCUGGAGCAGCACUUGCAGUCACCUCUGGGGUAAUUGAUGGAUUAGGUGCGACAACGAGAACUGACAAUGGCAAGGAGUACUAUCCUUACACUACGAAGAAAAGAGCUGCUGUUGAAUGACUAUAGUUGGACAGAAUUAGCGCGACUCAGCGGAAGUUCACUAUGAAUGAUGUGACCGCACCCUCUUGUUUUGUGCUAUCCUACUUUUUUCCUUUAACCUAAAAGUAUGAUGCAAAUAAGAAUGCUAUGUACUCUACUUCAAUCAUGGCAGGUGAUUUUUCAUUGAGUUUGAAUACCUGACCAGAUAUUUUCAUGGGUUAUCUGUCAUUCCAAAUUAUGACACUCUUUCGCUUCUCUAUUUCUGAUUAUGAAUUGUGAUGAUUUGCUAUAAACAAUUGUUGUUUGCAAAGGUGAAGUCUGACCUUUACUUU